GCAUGAGAUAGUCGCUCGGCAGCUAUUGACGAGUAAAUAGCUGCAACACAUAGAAAACGAACUCUACACCCAGCGCUAAGUAGCGCCAACUUUCUCCAUUACCAAUGGGGACGAGCAGAUUAUUUGCUGCAUUGUGUUUGGCUAUCGUCUCCAUUACUAUCGAUGCAAGUACCACCGCUACGAUAGUGCACCUCAAGAAUGGACCGAUAGCUGGUAAACGGCGUGGAGAUUACUUUGCAUUCGAAGGCAUUCCAUACGCUAAGCCUCCGCUGGGUAAGUUACGGUUCGCCGCCUCGGAGCUGAACGAUGAUCGAUGGACCGAACCACGAAACGCUACCGCGCGAGGACCGGUUUGCCUGCAGUGGAAUCAUCUCAAUCCGGGCGAAAAUAAGCUGGAAGGAACAGAGGAUUGCCUGUUCUUGAACGUGUACACCAGAUCGAAUGACCCAACGGCCCGACUGCCCACGAUCGCGUUCAUACACGGUGGGGCUUUAAUGUUCGGUACGGGCAAUUUUUACGAACCGGAUCACAUCAUGCGUCGGCAUAUGAUUUUGGUCACUUUCAACUACCGUCUGGGGCCGCUCGGGUUUCUUAGCACCGAGGACGAUGUCAUUCCCGGGAACUUUGGACUCAAGGAUCAGGUGAUUGCUUUGCAAUGGAUUAGAGAGAACAUUGAAUCGUUCGGUGGUGAUCCCGAAACGGUUACCAUAGUUGGAUAUUCGGCUGGAUCUGCCAGCGUACAUCUCCAUUACCUGUCUCCACUUUCGCGAGGAUUGUUCACAUCAGGCAUUGGACAUAGCGGAUCCGCCCUUAGCCCUUGGGUAAUGAUGGAGCGAUCAGUAGAGAAAGCCAUUAGAAUUGGUGCAGUGCUUGGUUGUCCCACUCGAAAAACUCAAGCUCUACUGGACUGUCUGAGGAAACAGCCGGCAGAGGACAUCGUACGACAAGUGCCCCAGUUUCUUGACUACCUCUACAAUCCCUUCUCGCCGUUUGGUGCUGUUGUGGAGAAGGAAGGACCACUUAAUCCUCACCCCUUCCUGCAGGAAACGCCUCGAUCUUUAAUGAGCAGCGGAAACAUUGCCAAAGUGCCGCUCAUUCUAUCAGUUACCGAAGCAGAAGGCCUAUACCCAGGCGCAGAGUUUAUUAGCGAUCCCAAAUAUCUCCAAGAGAUUGAUUCCCGAUGGGACGAGCUAGUGCCAAGCAUUCUCGAUUACAAAACGUCAGUACCUGACCCCAAAGCACGUGAUCGUCUAUCGGAAGCGAUUCGAAAGCAUUACUUUGGCCACAACGAACGAUUGUCGUUAGAAAAUUUCAAGACACUGGUACGAAUAAUUUCCAAUCGGCUCUACUUCGCCGGUGUUACAGAGUCAGCAAAGCUCAUGCAUCCCUUCACUAAUGUGUACGUGUAUUACGAUCUGUACAAAAGCAAAUUUGGCGUUGGGGAGGCUUUAUCACAUCGGGACGAACCGGGUCUGCUGGGCGUUGCACAUGGCGAUGAUGUGUUGCUAAUAUUCCCCAGCGUCUUAAGAGAGGAGAUACCAUUCACUGAAGAGGAGAUGCUGGUGGUUGAUCGAUUCGUCACCAUGUACGAACACUUUGCCAAAGGCGAUCAACCACGGUUUGGAGCGUACGAAUUGCCGUUGCAAGAUUCGACCAAUAAGCUGGUGUUUUUGGAGCUUAACUAUCCGCAAAGUAAAACCGUGCGUGCCGAGGGCGUAAGUGAUGAGCCGUACUGGGGAACGCUUGAUUUUAACGACGGUCCUUAUGCAUCACCGGCCCCCACACAUACAGAGCUGUAGAGAUUACUCAUAAGCCAUCGUUCUCUGCGUUCAGUGUAAAAUGCUCCAGAAUAAAAUGUAAUAAAAGUUUAUGGACAAACAA